AUGAAUUUGAAUUUCGAAUACAUUGCUGCUCAUAUCAGCGAUUAUAUUAAGAAUGAAAACUUUUUCGAUACAUUUGAGAUCGAAGAUAUCAAAACAAUCAUGAAAUAUUCACAAUUAACAGCUGAUCAGUACAUUACUCUUCUCAAACAGUCUUCAUCGACUCUCAAAGCCAACAAAUUAUAUUUCUGUACAAGAAACGCAAAUGUUACUAUCCAAAAUUUCGAUGAAGUUGUUUCAAUUCUUAAAUCUGUCACAAAAUACAUGAAAUUCCAUAUAUUUAAUGGGAUAAUUGACUUUAUAAAUCAAAAAGACAAAGAGUUGCGUGAUUCUACAGAAGAAAUCACAAAACUUCAAACAGAAUUAAAAACAUUACAAAAUCAAAUACAAAAUGCGGCCAAAGAAACAACAGUAACCCCAAUUAAUAAAACUCACAACUUUUCGAGAGAGUUUUUAACUAAAUUAUCAUCACUUAAGGCAACUAAUGAUUUUGAUAGUGUUUACCAAUUCUUUGAAGAACUUUCUUCUCAAGGCAAUCGCGAAAUGAUUUCAAAGGCUUGUGAAGAAGGACUUUGGAAAAAGACAAAAUGGGAUGAAAUGAAUGUACUUCAUGUUGCAAGUGACAAAAGAAAUCUUAAUCUUGUCAAAUCACUUAUUGAAUGCGGCUGUGAUAAAGAAGCAAAGAAUAAAUAUGGAUGGACUUCACUCAUUAAAGCAUCAGAAAGAGGUCAUCUUGAUGUUGUUAAAUAUCUUAUCUCAGUUGGAGCUGAUAAAGAAGCAAAGGAUAAGGAUGGAUAUACUCCACUCAUUAUUGCAUCAGAUAAUGGUCAUCUUGAAGUUGUUAAAUAUCUUAUCUCAGUUGGAGCUGAUAAAGAAGCAAAGAAUAAAAAUGGAUGGACUCCACUCAUUAUUGCAUCAGAAUGGGGUCAUCUUGAUGUUGUUAAAUAUCUUAUCUCAGCUGGAGCUGAUAAAGAAGCAAAGGAUAAUGAUGGAUAUACUCCACUCAUUUUUGCAUCAGAAUGGGGUCAUCUUGAUGUUGUUAAAUAUCUUAUCUCAGUUGGAGCUGAUAAAGAAGCAAAGACUAAAAAUGGAUGGACUUCACUCAUUUUAGCAUCAAGAUAUGGUCAUCUUGAAGUUGUUAAAUAUCUUAUCUCAGUUGGAGCUGAUAAAGAAGCAAAGGAUAAGGAUGGAUAUACUCCACUCAUUAUUGCAUCAGAUAAUGGUCAUCUUGAAGUUGUUAAAUAUCUUAUCUCAGUUGGAGCUGAUAAAGAAGCAAAGACUAAUGAUGGAAAAACUCCACUCAUUUAUGCAGAUAGUGAAGUCAGAGAUUAUCUAAAAUCUAUUGGAGCCAAGUAA